AGUGGGAAAUAAAAGUAGAAUAUAAGUGCAAGCAUAUCUUAAGGUCACGCUUUAACAUCGAACAAAAACAAUCAAAGCCUUCUUCUUCUUCGUCGUCGAUUGAUUCACGCGAAAGUCUGCGUUUGGUAUUCUCUGAAAAGAUGCAUUCAAGUCACUUGCUUCUGGAAGAGCCGAUUCGGAUGGCUUCAAUCUUGGAGCCAUCCAAGGCCAGUUUUUUCCCUGCAAUGACGAAGAUUGUAGGAACACUUGGCCCUAAAUCUCGAUCUGUUGAUGUUAUAUCCGGUUGCCUCAAAGCAGGAAUGUCUGUGGCUAGGUUUGAUUUUUCGUGGGGUAAUCCUGAGUACCAUCAAGACACUUUGGAGAAUCUGAAGGCUGCUGUCAAGAGCACUAAGAAGCUUUGUGCUGUUAUGCUGGAUACUGUGGGUCCGGAGUUGCAGGUUAUCAAUAAAAGUGAGAAGCCUAUUUCACUUAAGGCUGAUGCUUCUGUUGUUCUCACUCCUGAUCAAGGACAAGAAGCCUCUUCACAAUUGUUGCCCAUCAAUUUCGAUGGACUUUCUAAGGCAGUUAAGAAGGGAGACACCAUUUUCAUCGGUCAAUACUUGUUCACUGGAAGAGAGACUACCUCUGUAUGGCUGGAGGUUUCUGAAGUGAAAGGGGAUGAUGUAGUUUGUGUGAUAAAGAACACUGCAACUUUGGCUGGUUCAUUAUUAACUUUGCAUGCCUCUCAAAUUAUUAUUGAAUUGCCAACCCUCUCUGAUAAAGACAAGGAGGUUAUUAGUUCUUGGGGAGUUCAAAACAAAAUUGACUUCCUCUCCUUGUCAUAUACCCGCCAUGCUGAAGAUGUGCGCCAGGCUAGGGAGUAUCUUUCAAAGUUGGGUGAUCUCUAUCAAACUCAAAUUUUUGCAAAGAUUGAAAAUAUAGAGGGUUUGACUCAUUUUGAUGAGAUCCUUCAAGAAGCAGAUGGUAUUAUUCUUUCCCGUGGAAAUUUGGGUAUAGAUCUCCCACCCGAGAAGGUGUUCUUAUUUCAAAAAGCUGCCCUUUACAAGUGUAACAUGGCUGGAAAGCCUGCAGUUGUUACUCGUGUUGUGGACAGUAUGACUGACAACCUAAGGCCUACUCGUGCAGAAGCCACUGAUGUUGCAAAUGCAGUAUUGGACGGGAGUGAUGCAAUUCUUCUUGGUGCUGAGACUCUACGUGGCUUGUAUCCGGUUGAAACCAUUUCAAUUGUUGGUAAAAUUUGUGCUGAGGCAGAGAAGGUUUUCAAUCAAGACCUAUAUUUUAAGAAGACUGUCAAAUAUGUUGGAGAGCCAAUGACGCACUUAGAAUCUAUUGCUUCCUCAGCGGUAAGGGCAGCCAUUAAGGUCAAGGCAUCUGUUAUUAUAUGCUUCACUUCGUUAGGAAGAGCUGCAAGGUUGAUUGCCAAGUAUAGGCCAACAAUGCCAGUUCUAUCAGUUGUAAUUCCCAGGCUUAAAACAAAUCAACUAAAAUGGAGCUUUAGUGGAGCGUUUGAGGCAAGACAAUCUCUCAUUGUGAGAGGCCUCUUCCCCAUGCUUGCUGAUCCACGACAUCCAGCUGAGUCUACAAGUGCAACAAAUGAGUCUGUCUUAAAGGUUGCCCUUGACCACGGAAAGGCUUCAGGAGUUAUAAAAUCGCAUGACCGAGUUGUUGUUUGCCAAAAAGUUGGGGAUGCAUCUGUUGUUAAGAUUAUCGAACUUGAAGAUUAAAAUAUGCGUUGUACCCUCAUAACGUGGUAUUUUUGUUUCUCCAAAUUUUUUGAAAGCGAUGGUGGUAGACUAUGUUGGUAGCACCUGUGAGGUAUAUCUCCAGGUUUGGAGUCAAGUUUAUGAUGGAAAUGUAUUGAGAAAAUACACUGGUGAUUAUCAAACUUUGUUCGCUGUGAUAGUUGCGGAAGAUUUCUCCGCAACUCCCAAUUUUAGGUUCAAAUAUUGGAAGUGAUAUUUGCAAAAUGAUUCCAUAAGUUUGUUUUGUUGGUAUUUAUACCAAAGCACAUGGUUUUCAUGUGGGAUAAUUAGUUGAUUUACUCUAUUGCAAAGCUCAACUUCAUCCUUAA